AUGCACAAUCGAACUACUGUGACAAAUCUUCGUGAAUUAUCGAUGACUUAUAAUAAAUCUCGUACAUCAUCUUCAAUAGGAUUUAAACGAAAAUCAUCAGGCCAUGUCCCAUUACUCAGUACUAGUUCUCGUCCAUUGUCAAAUAUGACAAAUCUUGCACAAUCAUCUGAUAUUAAUAAUACAUCAAAACGCAAGGUGGAUGAGUAUGAAAAUGAUUCAUUUAAGUAUGAUGUUCCUACAACUAAUUAUGCUUCGGUACGAAAACAACAACAAACACAAUCAUCAUCAUCUACAAAACGUGUUAAAUCAACGCAAUCAUUUGUAACGAAAGCAAAAUUGUUACCAGAAGAUGGAUCGUUACGAUUAGUAACGUCAACAGUCCAAGGAAUGAAACAUUGGACAAAUAAACAUUUACCAUAUCCAAUUCUAUUUGAAGUUUUUGGUAAACUUGAUUCUCAAGUAACGUCUUUAUCAUUAACAAAUACACGGCAAUUUUCAUUAAUCGAUGAAAAAGAUCGCAUUGAAUGUAUAUUUGCUGAAAUGGAUCAAUCAUUUUCUAACAUUGAUCGAGAUGUUCAAUUGCGAAUUAUUUGUCGAUUGGAACCAAAAAGUAGUUUGGCUCGUUGUAUAGCCAUUCGUAUAGCAAAUAAAGAUGAAUGGAACGAAAAAUAUUCUAUUAUUAAACAGUGUGACUUACAAUUAAAUGAAGAUGAUCUGAAUUCAAAAAAGCUCAAAAAGAAUAACAAAAAAUUACAAAAAUAA